AUGGAGGGGACAACGCCGCUCAUCACCGCGCUCCAGUACAAGCACCCGCACAUCGCCGCGCGCCUCCUGGCGGCAGACCCGCCCCCCGACCUCACGGCUCGCGUGCCAGUCGACGGAGCGAGCGCGCUCUUCGUCGCCAGCGGCGAGGGGUACACGGAUCUCGUGCGGGAGAUGCUGCGGCUCGGGGCGCCGCCUGACCUUCCAAACAAGCACGGCGCCACCCCCCUCUCGCACGCCGCCUUGCGAGGCCACCUGCCGGUGUUGCGCUUGCUGCUCUCCGCCGGCGCGAGGGCGGACGGGGCCGCCGAGGGCGCCUCCGCCGCACUGGCGCCGCUGCACGCCGCCGUGUCGCGCGAAGGCAGGCUGCGGGGCAGAGGGCUCGCAGAGGCGGUGGCGGCGCUGCUGGCGGCGGGCGCGCCCUCCGACGCCCUCGCCUUGGGCGGGGCGUCGGAGCGGGGGGAGGUUGCCGCCGUGAGGCUGCUCCUCGCCGCCGCCGAGCCGGGCAUCGCCAACCAGCCAGGGGGGCGGUCGGGCGCGACUGCGCUGAUGAAGGGGUGCGCGGCCGGUAGCGCAGAGGAUGAGGUGGUUGCAGCAUUGCUCGACGGGGGCGCGUCGGUCAACGCGACCGCUGGCGCUGCGAUGAGCGGCGCCACGGCCCUCUACCUCGCUGCGCAGUACGGCCACGCCCACAUCUGCCGGCUGCUGCUGCAGCGAGGGGCGUGGGCGACGCUGCUGCUGCGGCGAGGGGCGUGGGUGGACGCGCCGAUCGCCGAGCUCCACGUCACCCCGCUCUUCGUCGCCGCCGAGCGAGGCGCUGUCGACGCGCUGGAGGCGGUCGGCAGCCUGCGCAGUAGCCUGUAG